AGUUUCGGUUUGCAGGUAAGGUCGUUGAGAUCUCCGUCCCCCAAUUUCGAUGAGUUCAAGAAUUCAAGCUUCCUUCAUACAAACUCACUCUCCAUUUUCCAUUUCUCUCUCUCUCUAGAUUUCAUUCGCUUCAAUGGCUCAUCUUCUCCGCACCUCCUUCGUCGCCGGCUCCUCCCCAUCUCUCCGCCGGAGGCCUUUUCUCCAGUCUCCAUUCCACCCCAGGCGGCGGUCUCUCCAGCCCCAGGCCACCAUCCGCGAGAUCUUCAUGCCUGCUCUCAGCUCCACCAUGACCGAGGGCAAGAUUGUGUCCUGGAUCAAGACCGAGGGCGACAAGCUCGCCAAGGGCGAGAGCGUCGUCGUCGUUGAGUCCGAUAAGGCCGACAUGGACGUCGAGACCUUCUAUGAUGGCUAUCUCGCUGCUAUUAUGGUCGAUGAAGGAGGCGUUGCGCCUGUUGGAUCUGCAAUAGCGUUUUUGGCUGAGACUGAGGAUGAGAUUUCUGAGGCUAAGUCUAGAGCUGCGAAUGUUUCAUCUGGUUCUUCGCCUUCCGCACCUCCACCGGAGAAGAUUCCUGAGAAUGUAGGUGCUGCGGCGGCGCCGGUUCCAGUGGUUAAGCCAGCUUCGGUGGUAGUGGCUUCCACUCACCCUGCAUCUGAAGGAGGGAAGAGAAUUGUGGCGUCCCCGUAUGCGAAGAAGCUGGCUAAGGAGUUGAAUGUGGAGUUGGGGGCAGUGCUGGGGACCGGGCCAUCGGGGAGAAUUGUGGCCAAGGAUGUUGAAGCUGCGGCUUCUACAGCUGUUUUGAAAUCUGAUGCUGCUAGGUCAGUUUCGGCUCCAGGAAGCGGUGUGCAGCCGCCGCCAUCCCUGGAGUUGGGAACCACUGUACCGUUUUCCACAAUGCAAGGAGCAGUGAAUCGGAACAUGGUUGAGAGUCUUGCAGUUCCCACAUUCAGAGUGGGGUAUACCAUUACGACCGGUGCGCUUGAUGCUCUUUACAAAAAGAUUAAAUCGAAAGGCGUGACCAUGACAGCGUUACUUGCAAAGGCUACAGCACUAGCACUGGCUAAACAUCCUGUAGUAAAUUCUAGUUGUAGGGAUGGUAAGAGCUUUACUUAUAAUAGCAGCAUCAAUAUUGCAGUUGCGGUGGCCAUUGAUGGUGGCUUGAUCACACCAGUGCUUCAAGAUGCAGAUAAGGUGGACAUUUAUUCUUUGUCUAGAAAGUGGAAAGAGUUGGUUGACAAGGCCAGAGCGAAGCAACUGCAACCUCAGGAAUACAACACAGGUACCUUCACUCUCUCUAAUCUUGGAAUGUUCGGUGUGGGUCGUUUUGAUGCAAUUCUGCCACCCGGAACUGGAGCAAUCAUGGCAGUCGGAGCAUCUAUCCCUACGGUUGUAGGUACUAAGGAUGGUCGGAUUGGCAAGAAAAACCAAAUGCAGGUAAAUGUAACAGCAGAUCAUCGUGUAAUCUACGGUUCGGAUCUUGCUACUUUCUUGCAAACCUUGGCAAAAAUCAUUGAGGACCCUAAAGGUCUAACACUAUAGUUUUACUUGCAUCUUAAACACCACCCUUUCUUUAUUCUCUUUAGUUUUUUUUCUUAUGAAUUGAUGUAUCUUUUCACACGAAUUUGAGUUAGAUGUAAUCUCCCGGAAAGUGGUAGAAAGUAAGAAAUUAUGUUCCGAGUGUGUUGCCCAUGUUUUGUGAAGAAUAGAAGCAAAAUUUUGAAGGAUGAACAAUUGCUUAUGUUUUUUUUUUUUUGCUUUCUUCUUGAAAAUGAAGUUGUAUUGAU